AUGCAAUGUACUAUACUAAGUACAUUAAACUACGUAUAACUUGGUAUAACCAGAAUACAUAGUUGUGUAGAAGUAACAAUCGAAUAUUUACAUAUUUCUUAUACUCAAAAAUUUCAUGUUUGGUUCCAUUAAUUCCAUUUUAAUAAGAAUUAAAGAAUAUUGAUUAUAAUAAAUAUUGAAAUUGUAACUACAUUACUUGUAAAGUGUCAUAUGUAUUUAUCGUUAUAAAUUUAUAAGAUGUAAAGAAGUUACAAGAGAAUAGCGAAUAUUAGAAUAUUGAAAAUGUGCUAGUUAUAAAAUUUUGGAAAUGUCAAGAAACGUUGUUAACGUACAUAAAGGAAAUAUAAAAGUGGUUUUAUUGUUUUUUUAUUAAAUUAAUAUUACGAUAAAAACAAGAAGGUUAUGUUACCGCACAGUUUUACAAAAAUAAAACAGCAAUUAAAAACACGUGUGAAAAUUGAAGUUUAUAAAGUGCAUAAAUAUGAUAAGAUUUGGAACGAUGUUCGAUAACCGUGAAAUUGGAAAACGAAUACGACGCUUACUUGAUGGGAAUUACUCAUAUCGUAAGAUACUUAUAUUACUUACUAUAUGUGGUGGAAUACUUCUAUAUUUUGGUCCAUCUUUUGUGCAGUGGCUUUUUUCUUCUACUAGAGAAUCAAUAAAAGCAAUUGAAGAUCACUGUAUGAAUGAGCGACUAGCUGCCUUUCAUUCAGAUAUUGAAGAAUAUAAUGCAAAUAUUCUCCACAAUCCACCAAAGGAAGGAGAACAUCAUUAUUUGCCAUAUAUCGGCAAUGGGGUUUUUGGAAUUCCUAUUUUACCAGAGGCUUUAAUAUAUAUAAAACGAGGAAGAGCACUAUCAUUGCCAAUACAGUGGCAACCCUUAAUUUCUCAUCCUUUACUUAAAACCAAUUUUUAUCGAGAUGCUACGAUUACUCACUUUACGAGCGGGAUUGUUUAUCGCUACCAGUGUUUUAGAGAAGGAUAUUACAUAGAGUUUCAAUACUACGCUCAUAGAAUAUUUGAUGCAAUAUUGGUACAAGAUAUAAAAAUAACUAAUCCUCUUUCACUUUCCCAAAAUGUACCAUUGAAGCCACAGAUGUCUACACAGUGGGAUAAUUACCAUAUAGAAGUGAUCAAAAUUCAGGUAGAUGAUUUUCUGGAUGAAUAUAAUCUAAUUUCUGGAUUUAUUCCAUUAUCUAACUCAAAUAAAAUUGUGACAGUAUCGAUAGUUUAUAAAAGACCUCCAAGAAUAUUACAAAUUAAAGCAAGAAGUUCUAUAAAAUUAAAAUUCUUAACAAGUAUACAGUAUAGUGAGCCUACACUCAUGGAAGAACACCACAUUCAAUAUGAAUUAACCAAAGAAAAAGCUAUAGAGGCAAUUAAGAAAGCAAUCAGUAUUCAGCACCAAAGUUUAAAAGAGGAUCAUAUUAAUCUUUGGCAAAGUUAUUGGUACACAGGUCUUAGAAUAAGCGACUCUAAAGCUGAUGGUGCAAUAAAUGGUCAUAAAAUAAAUUCCACUCUAUAUUAUGUAUUGUCUCAAAUUUCGAAAGGUAUUCACGAUAUAGAAAAAAAUAUAGCCAUGAAUGAAGGCUGUUACCGCGGGCAUCACACCUUAGAUGCUCCACGGUUAUGGAAAGACACAUCCUCUAUUGACGCUAUGAACAAUGUCGUUGAAGCAUGGUUAAUAACAUUGGAAAAACAAGGAUGUCACCAUUUAAUGAUUGGUGAUCCUGCAGCAGUGCAACAAGCUAUUGUUUUAAGUCUUGGUAGUUUACGUUUUAGUAAUCAACAUCUUGAAUUUAAUAUUGAUCCACAAUAUCUUAAUCGGGAUUAUUUAUUUAGGAGAAUAAGUUAUGGUAAUGUAACACAUUUAAAUAUAUCAGUAACGGUUGGAGAAGAUAAUCGUGCAGUUUUAAAAGUAGCUGUAGACAAGAGUGAUAGUGUCUAUUUUGGAUGUGAUGCUGGAUGUUUGAAUCCACCUGUUUCAUUGAGUCAAUUGUAUGCAAGCAUUCCAGUGAAAUUGACAAAACCAUUAACGGCUAUACUGUAUGUAACAUCUGAUUAUCAACAUAUGCAAGAUUUGCGAAAUGCUUUACAUGUACAUGCUAUAGACGAUGCUCCAGCACAUGAUCAUCUUGUAAUGGCUUUACAUAAACAUGGACAUCAAUUAGGAGGCUUACCAACGUUUUUUUGGAUCAGUAUAUGUUUUCUUAUAAUUGUGUUCCACUUAUUUCUUUGUAAACUUGUUAUUAAUGAAUAUUAUGGUCAUCAAGAUAAACAAAAAGUGAGGUAUAGUAAGCUAUGAUAUAUACAUUGUAUAUAUUACAUAUAUAUGUUCAUAUAUGUCGGGGUAACGUCGGGGAUAGGGUUGUGGGUGUUUGAUGAAUCUUCAUUGAAAUUAGCCAUCGUUAGAGUCUUUCAUCUCCGACAUAUAUGUACAUAAUACAUAUAUGCAUAUAUACAAUACAUGUAUGUAUGCGAGUGUUAAUAUAAAGCUAAACUAUCUUCAUAUAUUGUAUGUAUAAAUUCAACUAUAAUGUAAAAAUUUAUGAAGAAUUCUACAUACAAAGGGGGCCAGAAAAAUCUAUGCAUGCCUCAAUAAAAGAAAAAGCUGUAUAAAAAGUGUGGGUUGAAUCUAUACAGGCGUCAAAGAAUGAAUAUAGAUCAACUUUGACUUCUAUGAUUACAAUAGAACCCCAAAACACAGUCACUGAUAAAAUCUAUUAAAGUGUAUAUACAUUUUUUUUGACCCCCUCUGUGUGCGUGCGUGCGUGCGUGCGUGUGUGUGUGUGUAUAGUAACUAUUUUUAAUAUUAUAUAAUUAUAUAUAUUAUAUUAUAAACAUAAGUUUCUAUUUUAAUUAGAAAAUUCUGUUAUCAUUCUUGUUAUCCUCAUCAUUAUUAUUAUGCUAAAUUAACAAUACAUGUGCAGUUUAUAGCACAACUGAAGAAAAAAUAAUUUUUUACGAGAAGAUAAAUAAGCGAUUUGUUACAGAGAUCUAUUAUUUAUGAUUUUUUUUUUACAGAGAAUUUGUUUUGAAAAUAUAACAUCAAACAGUUAUAUAAUACAAGUACGUGGUUACUGUGUCACUCUAUCAUUGAUUGUUUCUAUCCACAUUUAUUUACCUAACAUUAACUGUUAUGUUGUUUAGGUAAUAUAAUAGAUUUUUAUACAUUAAUUGAUUUUAUUAUUACAAACUUUAAAAGUGCUCAUCUGGUUCUUAUACACAGCUCUGAUUUACGAAUUAAGAAAAUAUAAACAAAAUCAAAGACAUUCUCUUUAUUUUUAAUUUUUUAAAUUGUAUAAUUUGAUAUUUUAUUUAUCUUCCACAUAAACCUAUGUGUUGGCAAUUAUUUCUGCGGGGAUCCUCAAAUACGUUGUAAGUCUAUAUCUAGCAUGAAGCUCUAUCGGCCUUCAUGGGCGAGAGGUUGAAAUACACUCAACCAGCGCGCUUCAGUCAUGCACAAUACUCAGCUGCCUGUAUGCGGAUUUGACAGUAGAAUCAUCACUAGGACUGAGAUAGGGUCACUUUUCAAAGUCCUACUGUCUACCAUACACGUUGCAGGAGUAGAGAAGCGGAUAGGACCCUGUUCAUACGUCAACGUCUCCAAGGAAGCCUAAGUCUGUUCCCAUCAUUCCCCAAAGAGGCAUUUGUGCAGAGGCCUGCACAAAGGCGGAUUUUCGAUAAUGCUAGGGAGGCAUUCAUCUUGCAGAUAGCCAACCCACAAUUAUCGGAUUUGUUCGAAUGACAAUUCGGAUUCUAAAAAGGAUGGUCAUCAAUGCAGUGAGUCGCGCUAGUAAGUGUCGAAGGACGUCCACGUCUCAGUUGAGACAAAAGCAAUCAAAAGCGAUUAAAAGUGGUUAAAGGUUAUUAGAAGCGAUCAGAAGAAAAUAAACAAGUAAGCGAGUAUGUUAUCGAGUCCUUCAGAGAGUAACGUGCAUGUAGAGCUAAAUAAUUGGUAAAUAAAUUUUGAACUUUUUGUUUCUCCAAA